AUGCAACCGGCUGGUUCUUCGACUCCCCUGGAAAGCCUUAAGGACAAACUUGAUGCCGGAAGACGUUAUCGCUUCCUUUUCCUCGGGACUCAACACAUUUAUAAAGUGAUUCACCAUUUAAAGUACAAACGUCACCCGAACAAGAAAUUAUCUGAUUCUAAUGAUUAUGCAUUCAAAAUUCCUUGUCAUUCACAAGCUGGUACUAACAGCUUAAUUCACAAUCGGUUAUUACCUAAUUUACAAAACACUUUAACAGUUCACCCUACUCAACCUCCAGUGGAAUCAUUACCUCCAGUGGUUACUUCCAUCCCAAAUAUUUAUCACCUUCGGAAAUAG